AUGACACCAAGGUUUAAAAAUUACCUGUUAAUUGAACCAAUAAUGAUAGCCCAGCAUGUACGGCAAGAUCCCCAAAGCCAGACAACGUUAAAGAGAGAGUUGGGAAUUACCACGUUGCCUGGGACCGAGUCUGUGCAGCAACUCCCAAUGUUUGAGGGCUCAGCAAGUGAACAAGAGCAGGUACGGGAAGUUAUUGUGGUGUUUGGGGCCCCUGUUUGUUUUUGUGCAGCUGAUGCCUGUUGCCCAUUAGACUGGUUACUAAUGACCUUGUUACAGAGCACUCUGCAGUUGAUGGAACUAAGACAGUGGAAAGGGGUGAACGUGGGAGGGGAGGGACAAAACCACAGUGUCGGUCUGUGUGAGAUUAAAGAAACAAUGAAGUUCAAACACUGGAAUGUUCUCUCAUUUCUGAAUAGCAAUACUAAACCAUGUCUGAGCUUUGGCUCAACAUGCUUGGAGACUGAUCCCAACUUCACCUUCCUGUGUGGGUUGGGAUUGCUCCUUCUGUUCCUGUGCUACCUGGUGGGGAUUCCAUUUCCAACUUGGAAAACCAAAACUACCCAAAAGCAUCAGGGCAGAGCCAAGAGGAAGAGAAAAGGUGGGACUCUGAAAGAUGACAGAUGGUACCAACGGGAAGUAGAGGAGACCCGGAAGCUGAUCUCUGUUUUAAGAAGCUUUGUACCUCCUGUCUCCUGCAGCCCCCUUGAUGGCAUCAUGAUACUAUCCAUUUUCAUCAGCCAUUAUGUCCAGACCCCUCCUGUGAGGUAUGUAAUAGCACAACUGCUGAGAUCAAUCGGCUGCUGUUCCUGCAGGCUCUGGAAGAUUCUACUCCCUUGGCUUCCACAGCUCAUGUGACUACUUCAUCAUUAACUCUCUCCCCUGACUUCUCAGCAGUCCCUCAAGGGGACCGGAUAUCAGCUUCUUUGCCUGAGCCUUCCCUGCCACCUGCCUCCAUCUUCUCACCUGACCCAGUGAUCCCUGUGGCAGACUUUUUCCCACCCGCACCACCAGGUGAUUCUUUGCCAGCCAAGCCUUUUCCUCCCAUGGAUUCCAAAUUCCCAAGGGACCAUUACCCAUCCCAGCCCCUUGCCUUUCCUCCUAUCCCACUACAUCAUGCCCAUAGAGUUACCAUAUUGUCCAAACAGAGACAGUGUUUCUAAAUACCACUUCUCUCUGGACCCUACCCUUUCGCAAGAUGUCAGUCCCUUACUGAGGUUGUCCCAGAGGGUGAAUCCCACUGAGACCUUUGUUUGUCAUCACACACCACCAACCCGGUCUGCUUCACCACUGCCAGUCUGCAAUUUAUCUGUGACUCAAUCUAAACUGAUUUCCAUCUCAAGGAAGCCUGUUCCAGAGAGCUCACACCCACAGAACUCUUGUGGGUUGUCUACUUAUGUCUCAGCAAUCACAGGCAUUGACCCCUCCAGCUUGUCAAUUUUAGACCUCCCUUGGUGGCAAACUCAUGCCAAAGACUUCUUCCCUUCAACCCUGGCUCCACGUGAUUUCCAUUGAGUUUCUGGCCCUCCAUUCUUCAAAGACUUCCUCCAGAGGAGACCCUGCAACCAGCCUUGCAGAGCCUGGUAACCUCUCACUUCUCAGCCCUGAUGCCCUGGCACUUCUAGAGAAACAAGUUCAAAAGAGGUGUGACUUCCUCAAGUGGAAGGGAGCAAAGCUUUCUUUUCCAAAGCAAAGAGUUGCUGAUAAGCAUGAUUUGGCAUCCUCCCUUCCUUUCUGGAGCAGCAAAGACCAAUCAAAGGAGCUGCCUAUGCAUCAGCAGUGUCCAUAUCCUACAACCUUGGAUAAGGGCCAUUUACAGCAAACCCCCAUCCAGUUCUUCUGGGGUCUCCAAACUCCGCAUAGUGAGUCCUUCUUCCAUGCUACUGAUGCCUCAGAUAACAUCUCGAAUGCCUCCCCAGAGCAGGAAUCCCCAGUAGUUCCCCAUCUGCUUCCUCCAUCCUUGCCUGAGAACCCGCCUCAACUCCUGCCUCAAACCCAGCCCUACCUAUCCCUCAUGUCCAGCCCCAGGCCCACCUUCAAUCCCCACUCCCAAUCCUGCCUUGGUCCUCUACCUGACAUCAAGAUCUGUGGAGUGUGUUUUCACAGACCUCAAAAUGAUUCUGAGAGCCUCACAUCAACAGAAAUGCAACAUCUGGAAUAGAACGUGUUACAGAA